CCCAGCUCCUGUUUCCAAUGCACGUACAGCCCGUACACACUGUACAGCCUGUACACACCGACCCGGGACAUCCUACAGUCAGCCACAUGGCUCUCCUGUGCCCCAGUCCCUGGCUCCCUCUGUUGAUCCCAACCCCUGCCUCGGGACCUACUGUGCAACUGCUGCUGUUACUGCUGCUCCUGGUACCUACCCAACCCCAGAGUCUACCCAGGAUGCAGAGGACUCCCUCCAUGGGAGGAGAUUUGUCUGGGGAAGAUGAUCCACUGGGCAAGGAGGACCUGUCCAGUGAAGAGGAUCCACCUGGAGAGGAGGACCCACCUGGAAUGAAGACAGAAUCAGCAGAAGACGACUCUCUGAAAUUAGAGGAUCUACCUACUGUUGAGACUCCCAGGGACACUGAAGUCCCCCAGAAUAAUCACAGGAACAACAAAGGGGGUGACCACAGUCAUUGGCGCUAUGGAGGAGGCCCACCCUGGCCCCAGAUGUCCCCAGCCUGCGCUGGCCGCUUCCAGUCCCCGGUAGAUAUCCGCCCAGAGCACACCGUAUUCUUCCCCGCCCUGCGACCCCUGCAACUCUUUGGCUUUGAGCUCCCGUCACGCCCCAAACUGCACCUGCGCAACAACGGCCACACGGUGCAGCUGACUCUGCCUCCGGGAAUGGAGAUGGCCCUGGGUCCUGGGCGGGAGUACCGGGCGCUGCAGUUGCAUUUGCACUGGGGGGCUGCUGGUCGCCCGGGCUCGGAGCACACGGUUGGUGGCCAACAUUACCCUGCCGAGAUCCACGUGGUUCACCUUAGUACUGCAUUUGCCAAAGUUGACGACGCCUUGGGGCGCCCAGGGGGCCUGGCCGUGUUGGCUGCCUUUCUGCAGGAAGGUCCAGAAGAAAACAGCGCCUAUGAGCAGUUGCUGUCGCAUUUGGAAGAGAUCGCUGUGGAAGACUCAGAGAUUUGGGUGCCAGGACUGGAUGUAUCUGCACUGCUGCCCUCCGACCUCAGCCGCUACUUCCGAUAUGAGGGGUCUCUGACCACACCCCCCUGUGCCCAGGGGGUCAUCUGGACUGUGUUCAACCAGACAGUGAGGCUGAGUGCUAAGCAGCUCCACACCCUCUAUAGCUCACUGUGGGGACCUGAGGACUCUCGGCUACAGCUGAACUUUCGAGCCAUGCAGCCUUUGAAUGGGCGAAUCAUUGAAGCCUCCUUCCCUAUUGGAGUGGAGCAGACCAUUAAGCCAGUCCACCUGAAUUCCUGCCUUGCUGCUGGUGACAUCCUGGCCCUGAUUUUUGGAAUCCUCUUUGCUGUCACCAGCAUCGCUUUCUUUGUGCAAAUGAGAAGGCAGAAAAGACACCCAAGUGGGACCAAUGGGAGUGUUAGCUACCACCCAGCAGAAGUCACCGAGACUGCUGCCUAGAGGCCUGGAACUGGGAGAAUGUACAGAAAGAAGUCAGCCAAAGGAAUCUGAGGGGGAGCUGGAGACUUUGUUUCAUCCUGCCCAUUACGCCACUUUUUAAUUGCCAAGAUUUUUUAAAAAAUAAUAAAUGUUUCUAAUAUGUGGAAGGUA